AUUCGUUAGCAAUUGCAUUGUUGAAAUUCUUAUCAAUACCUCUGUGCCUAAGACACUUUUAUUGUGAAAACAAUGGGCCGGAAAUCGUAGUGGGCUGUUUGAGCUGGAGAAUAGAUGCGCACCAGCUACGGGGGAAACGUCCACUAUGGCUGAGACCCACAGCUUGCAGGACCUCCAGCAGCCAGCUGUCUCCUCCAAGGUGUUUAUCCAGAGAGACUACAGCUCAGGAACCAUCUGCAAGUUCCAGACCAAGUUCCCCUCUGAACUUGAGUCAAGGCUCGAUAAGCAGCAGUUUGAGGAAACCAUCCAGACUUUAAACAACCUGUAUGCAGAGGCGGAGAAACUAGGGGGGAAGUCUUACCUGGAGGGCUGCCUGGCUUGUCUAACUGCAUAUACAAUCUUCCUCUGUAUGGAGACACACUAUGAAAAGGUGCUAAAGAAGAUUGCCAGAUACAUAAAGGACCAGAAUGAGAAGAUAUAUGCUCCCAGGGGUUUGCUGCUGACUGACCCCAUAGAGAGAGGCCUCAGAGUUGUUGAAAUCACCAUCUUUGAAGACAGAAGUAUUGGCUCUGGAAGAUAAAAGAAUCUUUCGACUGAUGUCUCUGACCAGAUACUCUUCAUCUGUCUGGCAACACAUACUCAGAUAUCUGCUUCACCUGAAUGAUGUAUAUAAUUAUGAUCUGAUCUUUUUUUCUGUUAUUUAUAAGUAAUCUACUAUCUGCCUUUCCUUAUGUUUGUCUUAUGUUUUCAUGUCUUUUUUUAUACAUGAGGUGAUGUACAGUAAAGUGACACAUUUUUGUUUGCUCUUCUCUGUGCUUCAGCACAUUCAAUUGAAAAUAAAAUAAUGGAUACUACAUUAAAGUGCCAAAUUUAAUUUGAGUGGAUUUAUGUCCGAAUAGAACCCUUUUAACACAUGGUGCCCAAAUUUCAAGGGUUCAAAAGUAAUUGGGCACUUGGCUGCUAAUGUUUCUUUGGCAGCUGUUUGUCGUUUCAGUGUUAGUUCAUACAGAAAAGAGCUCAUAUGGCAACAAGCAGUAGGAGGAAUGCAAAGGUAUGCAAGAGCAUUCUGUGUGCUCUGAUUCAGCCAAAUACACUGAAACUCCUAGGACAACAUUUUGUUAUUUUCCACACCAUAUGAUGAUUUCUGUUUGACUUCAUGUGCAUCUGUCUUUACCUUUAUCUCUAAAUGUUGAGCACCAUGUGUUAAAAAGACUAUAUGUCCCUCACAGUUAUCUUUGUAUUGAUGUAAACAUACUCAAACUAAAGCUGAGACUUGGCACUGUUAGUAGUACUCAAAUAGAAUGUGUGGAAGCCCAGAGCCUGAAGAACAAAAAUGUGCAACACUCCAAACACUCAUGGUUUGGACUGUAUAAAUUACGUCCUUGUUGAUCAAGACCGGUCUUAAUGAAUGAUGCCAUUGUGUUAAAUGCCACUUUUUGAUCAUGGUAAUCAUAAGCAAUUUGACUUGUCUGUUGUUUUGCAAAUGAUAUAAAGUCAAAUAAUGUAUUGUCGCCAAGAGUUGUCAUAGAACUAGGUUGGGGCCCAGUUGUUGGCACAGUAAUUUUGUUAUGGGUGCUCCACAGUAUUAACAUGCUGGUUGUAGCCUUUGUUGAGGCAACUGUUUUCUUAAUUGUGCAUGAAUGGGACUUUUUUGGAGGAAAUCGUGUCAUGUUAAACACACACAUUGGAAGCUCUUAACUGAAGAUUUUUGAGACUUCAAGGAUGGAGCAUGUUUACCAUUAAUAGGUAUUACAAAACAAUAACGUGAUCUAGUACAUUUUGAGAAAUGUACGUCUCCACCAUGUCAUAGUUCAACUGCACUAAAUGUUCCAAAUGAUAUCCAACAAUCCUGUUUCAAUCCUGUAUUGUGAAUGUCUUUCCCUUUUCCAUUAUCACCAAACACCACAGGAACCUUAAACUCUGAACUCCACACAUGAUUGCUGUAAUUGGUGUUUGAUACAACCGGUCUACUUUUCUUACAAAUAUUGUUCUGUUUUGUCUAAAUAAAUGGUCUUUUCCUGAAAUCUGUA